UAUCAUCGAUCGACGACGAAAGUUCAGUCACUAAACACAAAACUUCAAGAGUUCGCAAUAUUACGAAAACCAAUUUCAUUGCGUGUUGUCGGUGUCGAGUAAAAACAGACGUUACUCACGCUGGUGACGACCGUUCUGCCAUCGUUGCUACGAUUCUGUCUAAUGAAACGUUAAAUAGUACACAUAAAUCGAUAGGAAUGGCCGUCGACAAAUGACGAUUUCGUCCGACCAGUUGUAAAUAAAUAAAUAAAUCAAAUUAGUACGUCGUACGUACACUCGGUGUUCGAUAUGUUUACACGUUCAAAUUGCUAAUAGUAUUGUAACACAUACAUCGUCAUGACAGAAAAUCCAAUUCUACACGUAUUGGUGGUUGGAUUCCAUCAUAAAAAAGGAUGUCAGGUAGAAUAUGCUUAUCCGCCAUUUAUUGAAGACACCACUGGUGUUUCUGCUGAAUGUCCAGCUGCUUGGAAGCAUUUGCCGUAUUUAGCAUUACCCGAUGGAUCGCACAACUUUGAUGAAGACACUGCAUACUUUCAUCUACCUAGCCAACAAGAUCCAAAUGAAACAAUUUAUGGGAUUUCGUGUUACAGACAAAUACCUUUAGAAAAAAUUAUUAACCGAACUCCUGAUAUGACAAGAAGUACAAUCCAAAAAUCAGUAUGUGUACUCAGUAAGCUACCAUUAUAUGGACAUAUUCAAGUUAAGAUGUCUCUAAUUACUCAUGCAUAUUUUGAAGAGGGUGAUUUUAGUAAAAUAUCACUCUUACAUGACACGUAUCAUCACCUCAAUGCGUGUUUGUCUAGUAUAGACAAUAUUAGCACCAGCCCUCAUCUUUUUGUUGGUCUAUCUGCAGUUGAACUUGUGACAAGGUUUAGGCAUAAAGUAUUGUUGUUAUUUAAAUUGAUGUUGUUAGAAAGCAAAGUACUAUUUUUCUACUCUCCUGUUCGUCCACUAUGUUCUACAAUAUUGACUUUAUUAUCUCUUCACCCUGGACUUAUUGAAAAUGGGCUUAAUAAAUCUGCUAAUGUCAAUUUAAGUAGUGUUAUUCAACCCUCAACUAAAAACAAAUGUGAAGUUAUUGUUUCAAAUAUAAAUCCGGAAAUAGAAGAUAAUGAUCACAGUAUAGUUAGUCAAAAAUCAAAUGAAGUUGUUGAUGAAGACAUAGUUCCUAACAGUUCCUUUGUUUCGAACAUUCCUAGAGAUCCUAGUAUUGAUUCGUUGGAUGAAGCUGCUGUGCAGUAUAAUAUGAUUAGUAUCGCCCAAAUCAAUUCUGAAGAUUGUGGAGUCCCGAUGUCUAUUUUUGAUAAUGGUAAUUUAUGUCAACCAUAUUCUUGCUUGUCAUACAUGGAUAUUUUAACAGAUCCAAGUGUUAGAGGAUAUGUUAUUGGAGCAUCAAAUAUAUUAUUCAAACAAAAGAAAAAUUUAGCUGAUGUAAUUGUUGAGAUUGAUGAAGGAAAAGUAGAAAUAGAAAAUAUUGAGUUAAAAAGACAUUUACAUUUAACUACAGAAGACCUUCGUUUUGCCGAUUAUCUUGUUAGACAUGUUGUCCAACCAGAUAAAGAAGAUGUCUUUUUGGAUGGAGUUGGAUGGGAGGGUGGAGAUGAAUGGAUAAGAGCACAGUUUAAGGCUUAUCUGUUAUCAUUAUUAAGAACUUCACUAUUAAGUGAAGGUGCGCCGGAAUUAAAUCACUUUAAUCCAGCUUUCAUAUCUGCUUGGCAACAAACAAAAAAUUACCAAAUUUGGUUAAACCAAGAGCACCAAGCAAUUAUGGCACUUGAACCUUGUCAUCCAUUUGCUGGUCAGUUGUCUGUAGCUGAUAUGAAACUAAGAAUAUCACACACAAUGCAGAGCAGUAGAAGUGGUCGAAAGUUAAACCAAGCAGUCCAAAAUACAAGUAGAGCAGUUGCGUCCACGGGUAAAGUUGUUGGAGGUGCUAUUUCUCAAGCUAGGGGUGCCGUAACUAAUUGGUGGAGUAGUUUAACUACAACUCAAGAUCUAGAAGAUGAGAAAAAUACACCUGUUAUUCAGGAUGUUUAAUAAUGAAUUAUAUACUAGUUUACUCUACCGUUUGUUUUGUUCUGAAUUUGUUCAGUUAUACCAUUUUAUAUUUUAUUUUAUUUUUAUUUUUUAUAUUAUUGUAUGAUUAAUUUUUCAUUUAGGUUAAGUAAAUUAUUUUCAACCUGUCUAUAUUUGACAUUGACAACUAUAUGGACCUGGGGCUUGUGCAUUAUAAAUAUUAUAAAAAGAUAUUGGAGUUUCUACAAGUGACAUAUAGCUUAUUUUACUACAUACUACUAAUAGUGAAAUCAACAAUGUGUAUAAACAGUCUGUUUACUUCUGAUCUCAAUACUUGUGUUUGUUAAAAAUGACUUUUAAUGAUACACAAUAAUAACAAAUUCAUAAAAUUAUGCCCUAGGUCUAUUUUUAAAUAGAUUUACAU